UCUGACAGUGAGGACUACCAAGCGAUCACGUUGUACCGAUGCUGUGUCGAAAAUAAUGCAAAGUUAUUGCAGGAUAAACUUGACAGGGGGGUGACCAGGGAAGAAGCCAUGGAGUUGGAUAUCAACGGAAAGAACGGUCUCUUGGUAGCAUGUUUCCGGGGUUUCAAAGAUAUUGUCAUUCUUCUCAGUAAAUGCCCCUACAUAGAUGUCAACCACCAGGAUAAUGAUGGAAACACAGCAGUUAUGGUGGCAGCCCAAGCAGGAUACAUUACUAUUUUGAACUAUCUUCUGAAUUACUAUCCAGGAGUAGACAUUGAGAUGCAGGAUGACAGAGGCCUGACUGCACUCAUGAAGGCUGCAGUAAGAGGGAAGAACGAUUGCAUUGCAGCCUUGCUCAUGGCAGGAGCUGACCUUGCUGUUGUGGACCCCGUGAAAGGAAAGACUGCACAGGAAUGGGCAGCCAUGAGUGGAUGCUUUGAAACUAUCAUGCGGAUCAGAAUCCUUUUGCAACGCCCUUGUGCCCAGCAAUUCUCUAACAAGUACUUGCCAGAGUGGCCACCUCUGCCUGAACUGGUGGCCCAAGCGACAGCUACAAAAUCCAGAGCCAAGCGUCUGUCUGAUCACAUUUGCUCCAUGUUUACCAUCCGUUUCCCACAAGACCCUGAGACGGAUGGGGUGAUGGAUCACAUGGUGCGCAUGACCACGUCCUUGGCCAGCCCAUUUGUGACCACGGCUUGUCAAACGCUCUGUCCUGACAGCCCACCGGAAGUAGGCAAGCAGAGACACUCAGUGCCAGAAAUUCUCAACCAAUAUGUACCUGAUCCCGAUGCCAAAUCAGUAAAUAGCAGAUCGUGCAGCAGUAGCCAGUUCAGGACCCAAACCCUGAUACCAUAUCAAUCCCCUAGUCUCAUUGUGAAGUUUCUGUCACUUCCUUUGCGAUUUAACAGCACGAUUCCAAAAAUUAAGCUCAGCAAGUCGUCUGCCCAGUCAAUUCCUGAAGAGAACAAACCACCCAAGACUAAAAAAAAGAAUGCAUUGCAGGUGCCUAAAUGGCGAUACACGGAGCUGAAAGAAGAGAAGAAGAAAUCUGAGGAAGCAGAGGGGCACAAGAAGAAGCCAGACAAGGUUCAACUUACCUUUCAUUUCUCUGUAGCAUACAUUCCGUUCUCGUAGAGCAAGUAAGAAUAAAUCAUUUUUUGAUGUUAACAAAAAUAGAAAAUUAGAAGAUCAUAUAGAAUUGCUGGAGAAAACUAUUUUUAAGAUUGUGGGGGGAAAUAAAAUAGUGGGUAUUACUGUGACAAAUAUGAAUUCAAUGUUAUUUCGAAAUAAUUACAGUAUGUUAGAUAUGGACUGAAAUUAAGAAGGACAUGUUAAGAUGGGAGAAAUUAAAAUAUGUCACUUGAGGAGAAUUUCUAUGAUAAAAAUCAAAGUUUUGCUAAGAAUGAUGUUUUUAUUUUGUGUAAUAUCUACUUUAGCAACAGUUGUACCAUUUUAACAAUGGCAAAAACUAUCUACAUUUAUGUGGUGUGACAGGACAGGUUGCCUAUAUGAUGGCCAGCAUUUAUUUUGCUGUGGCCUUUCCCUAGCCAGCAAAGCAACUGUUGGCAAUAAACUCUGAGCAGAGAGGCAGCUGGGUAUCUGUUCAUCUGUGGAAAUAAAGCAGCCUGAAGCAACCUAAAGCAGAUAGAUAAGGAUACUCAGUAGUGGGAUUCAAAAAUUUUUUACUAUCGGUUCUGUGGGCGUGGCUGGUGGGUGUGGCUUGGUGGACAUGGCAGGGGAAGGAUACUGUAAAAUCUCCAUUCCCACCCCACUCCAGGGGAAGGUUACUGCAAAAUCACCAUUUCCUCUCAAUCAGCUGGAACUCGGGAGGCAGAGAAUAGAUGGGGCGGGGCCAGUCAGAGGUGGUAUUUACCGGUUCUCCAAACUACUCAAAAUUUCCGCUACCAGUUCUCCAGAACUGGUCAUAACCUGCUGAAUACCACCUCUGAGGAUACUGUUCUCCAGCAGUAGGACUCACAAGUAGUAGGAGAAGGAAGAACAGUAGGAGGCUAUGGUGAAGUGGGAAAGAAUGGGGUAGUGAGCAAUGAAUACUAGAUUUGAGUGCUUGUGUGUCUGCUGCUUAGGGUCCUGGUUUGUUGUGUUGGCUGUCUUGUGUUUUGGAGCCUACUAAUUUGGGUAUAUGUAAAGGAAUCCAUGACAAAUGGAACAGGAAAAAGAAAAACCCCAAGUUAAAAAUAAAGUGUUAUAAGAUUCAAAGAAAAGAGGAGGAUUGGAGUUUACUUAAUUUGAAAUUGUAUUUCCCUGCUUGUUGUUCGAUCUGGAUGAAAAAAAAAAAUGAUGUAGCUGAGAAACAAGUCUUACGUUAGAAGAUCAUGACCCGAAGUUUGGAUGGCAUUGAUAUUUGUCAUAUGAUAAAAUUAAAAUUAAUGUGGACUUUAAAAAUCAUAUUAUUAGAUGUGCCAUAUUGAGAAUAUGGAAUAGAUACAAACCCAGGUUGUGCCUAAAAGUACCUUUAUGGAUCUCAGCACAAGAAGCAUAUGAGAACUGGCAGAUGAAACUGAAUGGUUGAUAUACCAGGACUGACUGGAAAAUUAACAGAGGAACAUCAAAUUGAGAAAGCCGUUAAUAGCACAAGGAUACUAAUUAUUUUAUUUUUAUCUAAUUAAAUAUUAAUAAACUAAGAAUUUUGGUUAUACAGAUAGAUCAGUGGGAAAAUGUGUUAAAAAGGUUGAAAUUUAUAUUGUGUUACGAUCUCAAACAGAUUUUUUUCUAAAAUGAUUUAUUGGAGAAAUACAGAAUCAGUGGUGGGAUUCAGCUGGUUCUCACUGGUUCGUGUGAACUGGUUGUUAAAUUACCCAUCCC